AAAAGAAAAUGGCCGCCGCCGUCGUCGCGUGUGUGUACACUGGCAGCUCUUUGGAACAGCAGCCAGGCUCUGGCCAAAGACGUUUUUGUUUUUCCACGUAAAUUUUGCACCUCUGCCUGCAAGCCGCCGUGGUUCAUCGACACACACACGGGAAACCGGGAAAGGCCCGGAGAUUGGCUCUGUACGAAACGGUUCGCGCGGUGUGUGCAGUGAUUUUUCGCGUGUGCGUUCCGAAGUUCCCGGAGAACCGUGUUUCGGGGUUUCGAGUAGGUCGCGCGUUUGCCGGAAUCGGUGCACCUACCCCUUGAGAGUGAGUGAAAUUCGCGGAGCAGCUGCUGGCCACGGUUCCUCGUUUCGGGUGCCGGAAUUCUGUCGUCUCCGUCGUGGUGUGGCCCUGACGGUUGGUCAUUGUCGAGGAUUGUUUGACGGGAAAGCCCCGGGCUCCGGGUGGCCACCGGACCUAGUAGGCUGUGGAAGCUUCGGCUGGAUUUCUUCGGUGGGUUGCUACGAUCCGAGAGAUUUUUUUUAUUGGACGUCAGUCAGUGUGUGGUGCUGGAUGUGGCCUGGAGAGGAGAGGCAAGAAAACAACUACGUAGUUGCGGGAAAAAGAAGAAGAACGCAGCAACAACAACAACAGCAGCAACAACAAUAGCAACACACACAACAGCAGCAGUAGCAGCAAGCAGAAGAAGAAAAGAGGCGAAUUUCUGUGUGUCUAUUUCGCGCGAUCGGGAAGAUGAAGUGCACAAGGUGAUUGCGGGCGGGUUUUCCUACUCGUGGUUUAAUUUUCGCAGAGUUUGGGAACAAUCGCACGUCGCCGUUUCAUGGAAUGAUGAGCCCGCGGAAUGAAGCAGUGAUUGUGUAUUCGAUGUGCAAAUAAAUCUCUGUAAAUAUAGCUGUGCACCGUGUAGUUUUCUCUAGGCAGAAAGUUAAAGUUGCGAAAGUGAAGUUGCAAAUGACGUACUAGUAAAGUAGUCUACCUAAGGAAAAUACAAAUAAAAAAAAAUCCCAAUUUAUUCGUGAAUCCAUGGAAAAAGCCUGCAGUCUUAAUGAAGAAGAGAAAAAAAGAAAUGUUGUGUUCCAUCUGGUGAGAAGCAGAGUCUUGUGAAAUGCUCCUUGCAGCAGUGUUACUCACAGCUCUGAGUAUGAAAAGUGAAAAGUGUAAAAAUUGCAGCUAAAAGUGAAUAAAAAAAAUCCAAGCUUUGCAAGCUUCUAUGAAAUUGUCAACCAAGCGCAGGAAGAAGGAAAAAAGCAAGCUCGCCGUAGUGGAGGGAAGAAGAAAACGAAGAAGCAAGCAUUUGUUUCGACGACGAUUCGAGAGCAAAAAAGCGCAUUCAAACCAACCAACUGUGUGGACAACUACGGAAAAAUAUGCUGACUUCGGAAUGAGAUGGAAGCGGCUAUACGUUCUGUGCAGCAGGUUGGGCCACCAGGCCAGAGGGCCGACACUGGCCCUUCUCCGCAGCCUCCCCCAACGAUGUCAUUUCAACAGCGUGUGCCACCAGGUGCUGCGCAAAUUCAUAGAUCUGUUGACGCGUCCCAAAGUUACAGCAGAGGGGGCCCAUCGCCGUCUCAGUCCGCCCCCCGGUCGGCAGCUAGUCCACUCUCGCCACCCCGGCCCGGUCCGGGAGCGGGAGCCGCGAAUUAUCCACCAUUCGCAGGAGCACCCGCACGCGAGGCACCGCUUAGGUAUGGGCCGAACAACUCGUACUAUCGGGACAACCCCUACACCCGCGUGUCACAGGUACCACAGGUUUCCGAGUACCAUCGAUCGGUGCCGGUGGUUUCGGUCUCUAGUAGCAUACCCGCCCCUAUUAGUAUAGCAAAUUCCAUGGAGCCAGUACAACAACAGCAACCUACUAGACACCGGAUGUCCCUGUUACCCCACACGCCCGAUUACCUGCAGGGGCGGUCUGCGCAGCAAUCGCAGUCGGCCCAGUCGGAUUCCGGUCCACCUGCAUUUAAAAAGAUUCGCCUGAACGACACCAGCCAACCUGCGCAAUCCCCUCUGAACGUUGAUACACGUGAUCCACCGGUCUCUUCCGGUGCGUAUCAUCCUCAGGUGGAGGCGAUCUCACCCACGCUGCCAAGCGAUCCGACUGAAGAGCUGCGUGCCACCAAGGACGACCUGUUACAGCAGAUUGCCAAGGUGGACAUGGAGAUCGACAAGGCGGAGAAGAAGAUCGCCAUGCUGAAGAAGAAACAGGAAUCGCUCGAAGAGGCUUCGUUGAAACCGGCCGUCGAGGAGAGUGCCGCCGAGGCGCAACCCAAGCACCGCAGCUUAGCACAGCAAAUCUACGCCGAAAAUCGAAAACGAGCUUCGACGGCGCACGCUGUCCUGAGCGCGCUUGGCACUGCCACCGAUCUGCCGCUGUACAAUCAGCCGUCCGAUGCGGAAACCUGCCGCGACAUCCAGGACCGCCACAAAACGUUCCGGCAGCAUCUGCUGGCGCAUUUCAAGAAGAUCAAAUCGGAACGGGCGGCCAAACAGGUCGAACUGACUGAGCGGUACGCGCAGAUGUCGCAAGACUGGUCCAAACGUGUAGAUAAGAUGGAAGCGAGUGCAAAGCGGAAGGCGAAAGAGGCGAAGAACCGGGAGUUUUUCGAGAAGGUGUUCCCCGAGCUUCGAAAGCAGAGGGAGGAUAAAGAGCGAUUUAAUCGUGUAGGUUCUAGGAUUAAAUCCGAAGCCGAUCUUGAAGAGAUCAUGGAUGGUCUUCAGGAGCAGGCGAUGGAGGAUAAAAAAAUGCGUUCAUAUGCUGUGAUUCCACCUUUAAUGUUAGACUCCAGACAAAGAAGGCUAGUGUUUAAUAAUGAAAAUGGAGCGCUAAUAGAUAUGGAAACAGAAUUCAAGGAACGGUUAAAUUUGAAUGUGUGGACGGUUGGCGAGAAGGAGGUUUUUCGGGAGAAAUUUUUGCAACAUCCGAAAAACUUCGGUAUGAUUGCAGCCAGUUUGGAUCGUAAAUGUGCGCAGGACUGUGUGCGAUAUUACUACCUCAGUAAAAAGGCGGAAAACUAUAAGCAGUUGUUGCGAAAGUCUAGGCAGCGGACACGGAGUUCGAGGAAUAUACAGAAAACCAAUCAAAAUCAGACGCAGUGCAUAGUAGAUGCAUUAACAACUGGUGUUACAACAAGACUACAACGUGAACAACAACAAAAGACUGUAGGCCGUGAUCGUGCCGCGAAUUCAACAAAUAGUUCAAUAGGAAAUAGUUCGGCAUCUAAUGUCACAACAAAUUCAUCUUCAAAUAUUACUAAUAACAAUAAUGGUAGCAGUAGUAGCAGUAGUGCAAAUAGUAUUAGCGUGAGUAACAACAGCCCGCAACAGGCGAAACACGAUCAGCCGCAGCCAAGUGCGACUUCUGGAAGCACAACGGUUACGACGGCGUCUGUGGCGACAGCAGCACCAGUAACCAGCAGCACGGUAACAACAUCUACGGCAUCUCCUCCCUCGUCAUUGUCAACGGUUUCGUCAUCCUCGGCAUCAACGACGGUGACGACUACGUCAGCGGCGGGUUCGACUCCAUCGUCCACAUCUGCGACUAGCAUAGGAAACAGUACCAGCAGCAACUCCAGCAGUACCAUCUCGAGUAGCAAUGGCACGACGAGUACUAGCGAAAGCAGCAGCAGUGCGACGUCAGUUGUUCCGGGCAGUGCGGAAAGUGCGACGGAAGCUAUCGCCAGCAAGGAUGAGACUAGCAAAGAGAAGCAAGCAGCUGGUUCUGAUGCGACUGUGACGUCUCAACCUGGCCUGGUCGCGCCUGUUACGGAGAAUAGUACUACUGUACCUACUAUUACGACUACUUCCACAACUGCCACUGUAUCGACAGCAGCGAGCACGGCACCCGGCACCACGAACGCAAGUUUAUCGCGAAGUGCAACGCCUUCAUCCGCAGCAGUUCCAACACCUCCAUCGAUCACCUCCUCCUCGUCGUCGUCGUUGUCUUCAUCGGUAUCGUCUUCGCCCAGUAUAUCGUCGUCCGGCAUCGCUCCGACGUCGACCAUCUCAUCGUCCGUUGCGGCCUCACCAUUGUCUGUCUCAUCAACCAUCAUCAGCAGCAGCAGUAGCAGUACCUUGGCCACGUCUGUCAGCAACACAGCAAGCAGUAUCAGCGUGACUAGCAACAGCAGUAGUAACAGCACCAGCAUCGCGAACAACAUCGGUGGCCAUCCGCUGUCGAGCGUAACUGCCGUGGAAACGUCUUUUGUACCUAAUUCUAGUAGCUCUAGUAUAUCUACGAUUCCGCUGAACGGCGUGAAAACGGACGUACUAAACUCGACCACGGUGACCGCCACGACGGUCGCGGCGACGACGCCCCUCAACAACAACAACAACAGUUACGGCGGCGUUGGCAUCAAUGUAAAUAAUGUAAAUUCAACCAUGCCCAACCUAACCCACGGCUCAGUACCAGUUACGCUUACGGCAGCGGCGGUCCCGGGCGGACCGACGUCGAUGCCGCCCAGCUCACAGCCACCAUCGCAUUUACCCUCACUGCAACAACAGCAGCAGCAGCAGUUGUUCAACAAUACGACCAGCACGCCCAAGAACGCGUCCUCGGCGGCCUCGUCGAUGGAGAUCAUCAUCAAGGACUUUACGCUGGAGACGCUCGUGUCCAACGUGGUGAAGAAGAAGUUUGGCGUCAAGGACAACAACCUGCUCAAAGACGAACUGGAACCUAGUGAUCCUAAAAAGAUGCGGUUAGACCUUGAUGGCAUCAAGGACGGCAGCAUCAAUCAGGACGGCAAAGACAAAAGUGGUCCGCUGCACGCGUGUUUCGUAUGCAAAACCGAGCUGUGUCCCCGCACGCGGCCCCUGGAACGUGGCCGCGGUGCCCAGUACGGCAUCCCGGAGGAGGCGAUACCGCCGGGGGCACGCGUUUGCAAUACGUGCCAGUGCAAGUCGGUCAAAUCGAGGUACGACCCGUCGCAACAACAAUAUCCCAAUUACACAACAAACCCCCAACAACAACUCGGUCAUGGCAAUCAAUCAUCAUCGGAUCAAUCCGUCCAUUCUUCUAGAUACACGCACUGUCCGCUGCCGACGUGUCCCAAUCCGAAGGAUCGCGUCAAGCGGUUCCGCAAUCUACCGCCGCGGUUGUUUGAGCUCGCGCCGGAGAUUCGCGACCCGAUCGUGCAGGAGCUGCAGAUUCCGCCGAACGUGAGCAAAUGCUGCACGGCCUGCCUGACGCGCAUCCGGCGCAAAAUGGGUCCGCACCUGUUUGGGACGAAUCUCACCGACGACGAGGUGGCCCGGAUGAAGAAACUGCUCCAGGACGUUGGCCCCAAGUGGAACCAGCUGGCGGAGGCGCUGAACAAGACUCCGGUCGCGCUGAAGAGCUUCUACUUCCACUACAAGAAAAAGUGCGGCUUUGACGCGGCUGUAACGGAGUACUACAAGCAACAUCCGGGCGAGGAUCGCCGGCCCGCGAUGACCGACGGGGACGAGUCCGAUCUGAGUGCGUCGUCUUCGGACGAACGGGACGGCAGCAGCGAUACGACGGCCUCCGCCGAAAGUCCAAACAAUUCUGUCCCACUGAACGUGACAAAGGACGAAAUCAACACCGUGCCGGAAGCGCUCGCUCCUCCUCCCCUCACAAAGUCCUUCGACGACGACCUCCGGUUGCUGCCUCCGGGUCAACCUCCGCGGAAGCAAAAACUCACCGAAGAGUACGACAGCUCGGCGACGGAAACGGCCGACGAAGAGAACGAAACGUCCCCGGCGAAUCGACAAAGUCCCAAGGUGCACUAUCCGCCGAUGAAUCCGGUCAUUUCCGUGCACCAUCCGCUGCAGAACGGACCGCGACUCGGCGAAGUUGGCUCACCGCAAAACGUGCGAGACGCCAUCCAACACGUGAUAGAACGAUCGCUCAAGUCCAACAACAUGAUGUCGGGCUCGGUGAAGCCACCGACGAUGAAACCCAUGAACGAUUCUCCGUUCGUGCGAGACUACCGAGACCUGUCCAAGGGACCACCUCCUCCGACGUCCAUCCAACGCUCCGAAGGAAUGGCCACCCUUUCCGUGGUGAACUCUCACGCUCCCCACGGUCAGCUCAUCUCCCAUCAUCCGCACUCGAUCGGAUCGCAGAUCCAAGCCACGAUCACCCCAGUUCCGCACCAGCAGCAGCAGCAACAGUCGGGACCACCUCCGACAUCUCAACCGCAACCUAUGCAGCAGCAACAGCAGCCGCCGCCAUCGUCGCAGUCGGUCAGCUCCAGCGAAAAGGACGUCCCGGUGGUGUUCCUCCGCGAUCCGGAACCACAAACGCUCGAUCUCAGCAUCAAAAAGCCCCAGCGGGACAAUUUCCCACCGCCGGCGCACAACAGCAAACCGCCCAGUCUGGCGUCCACGCAGGGCACGCUAACUCUGUACACCCACGGAUCACGGACGGAGUUUCCCCCGCCGAGCCAGCAGCAACAACAAAACAUUCCAACGCACGGAACACCAUACGGAUUGAGCUUCCAUGGCGAUUCGAUGGGACGGCCGUCAAAGUCCCCGUCCGGCUACAUUACCACCCUCUCUGGAGGUCCGACGCUGACGCUAAACCAGGGCGGUGGUCCACCGAAUCAACCCCCGAAUUCCGUCAUCGGAGGACGGGGUGGGCCGAUGCAGCAGCAACAGCACACGAUCUCGCUGACUCCACCGCCGAUGAAAAAGUCCAACGCGCCCAAACUGAGCCCCAAAAUGCAGCCCCAACACCAGCAACAACAAGUGCAAUCCGGAAUGCAGCAACCUCCGCCGCAGUCCGCCCACAGUGGUGGUCCCAAGGGAUCGAUCACCCACGGAACGCCGGUCAACGCCGCCGGCCAGCAGAUCAUCAUCCAGGGUCAAACCACUCUCAGUCCACGGUACGACAACAUGCUUCGGCAGACGCCGCCCUCGUCCAACGACAAGCACGGCUCGAUCACCCAGGGAACGCCGGUUCAUCUGUCGCACGCACUGCCCGACAAACGGUCCGCGUACGAGUACAAAUCUGCGUACAACAACCGACAAAGUCCGGCGCAAGUGUCGCAACCUCCACCCCAAGGCAGCCCGCAGGCACCACCACCACAGUUUGCCUACUCGAGAACCGGGCCGACCUUUUCGCUGGAACCGCCACCGCCCCAGUUCAGCUCGCAGCAGAUCAUCAUGAACGACUACAUAACCUCACAGCAGAUGCAAGGCCGAAACGCCGGCUCUGCUGGUGGUUCCAGUGGCGGCGGUGGCCGGCCAGAAAAAGAAUCUCCCUCUCCGCGCAGCGUUCCAACCAGUUCGCCAGCGUCGCUACUGUUCUCCGUUCCCGACCGGUCCGACCGAUCCUCGCGGCCAGAGUAUCUGAGCCGGGCGUCACCCGCCGACCACGUCAACAGGGUCUCGCCUGUCUUCAGCACUCCGAGCCCCCAUCGAACACCUCCUCCACCCCAGCGGCAAGGAGUCAUCCAGCGGCACAACACCGGAAGCGGUGCCAGCGGCGGAAUUGGCAGCAGCAACAGUGGGGCCGGUUCCAAACCACCAAGCCCGGCGCCAAAUCGGCUGCACCUGGUGCCACCGCCGUCCCAUCACUACAUGUCAGGACACGACGCAUUUACCUCGCUGGUUGACCUAGCCGUACAGCAGCAACCGAUGACGGUGCCGCACAAGGACGAGAAGCGACCCUCAAUUGCCGAACAGCAGCAGCAACAACAACAGCAACAGCAGCAGCCACCUCCACCGCCUCCGACGCAUCACGACAUCCGGUACCAUCCGGCCGCCAUGAUCCAGAUCCAUCACCAGCAACAGCAAGCGGUCGCAGCUGCAGCCGCGGCAGCCGCUGCCCAACAACAGCAGCAGCAACACCAGCACCAGCAGCAUGCGGCGGCCGUGGCUGCGGCCCAGCAACAACACGCUGCUGCGGCGGCGGCAGCAGUCGCCCAGCAGCAGCAACAGCAAAUCCAACGGCAGCAGCAGAUGGACCUCCAGCGUCGGCAGGCCCAGCUGCAUCCGUCGAUCCAGCAGCAGCACCAGUCGGCGGCGCUCGCCUACCGAGAGCAGCAGAUGGAGCGUGAUCGGGAGUUGAACUAUCGCAUCGAGCGAGAUCGCCAACAGGCGGAGGCCGAGAAUGAGGAUCGACGCCGGAGGCAGCAGCAACGUGAGCGGAUAGCUCAUCAGGAAGAGGAAGAUCGUCGCCGGAAGCAUUACGACAUGAUCAACGAGCGAAUGGAGAGACCAAUGGAAACGAUCGGUAUACGCUCGUCGUCGGACGGAUCGCUGACCGCGGCGAACCUGAUUGACGCGAUCAUCACCCAUCAGAUCAAUCAGACCGCUUCGGAGCCACCGUUUCCGCCAAGCCGUGACAUGCAGCGGCCUCCCUUUUUCCCAACGCGUGAUCACCGGCCCUCGCCCAUCUCCGAAAACAACGGUAAGUCACACUCGCCGAACGUGAUCAACAUCGACGUGGACUCGGAACCAUCGGUCCCAAGAACCAAGAACAUCACGAUCGGCGAGCUGGCCGAGAGUAUAAUCGCGAAAGACUACUCGCCCAACCCGAUGCCGUUCCUGCAGCUGCGUCAGUCGAUGAUGGCUGGACCGCCAGGUUCCGGUCCUCCCGGCGGGUUGGAUCCGGCCGCCAUGGGGGCGCCGGACGCGUGGAAGUACCGUCGGAUGGCGCCUGGAGGUAAGGACGAUCAUCCGCCACCUCCUCAGUCUGCAGCUCAGCAAAAACAACAACAGCAACAACAUCAGCAGCAACAGCAGCAGAUUCACCACCAGCUGCAGAUGCAACAGGCGGCCCAGCAACAGCAGCAACAACAACAGCAGCAGCAGGGACCGCCGGGUCAUCAGUACAUGCAUCCCUCGCAACAGCAGCAGCAGCAACAGCAACAACAACACCAUCAACAACAGCAGCAGCAACAUCAGAUGCAACAAAACAAGGCUAUGGGCAGAUCGGCCCAACCCGACGAUCGUCACAUAAUCCGAAUGGCACAGUCGCCGCGACCGCGCAACAAGUUCCACGAACCUGUUGGCCAGCAGGACGCGCAGUUCUUCCAUCCAGGAGCUCCGCUAAGCCGCGGUCCGCGAGACUUUGCCCUCGAUUGCUACGUCAAGAACCGAAUCGUCGAAGCGAUGCGAACCGAAGACGACAAACGUGGGGACGACGGCCGGGAUCACCAACAGCAGCAGCAACAGCAGCAGUCGUCGCGUAAUCCUUCGCCGGCCCAGCAGCAACAGCAGCAUGGUCCUCCACCGCCGGCUCACCACAACAAAGAUCACGACCGCAGCUCAACGCCCGGCGACAUGAUGAUUGACGAGGAAACGGGUCGUCCGGCGUCCGGUGGAAACCAUCAUCGUCAACCGCCGUCCUCCCAGCAGCAGCAGUCUCUGCCUCCUCACUCGCAGUCGUCCCAAGGAGGGGUCGUCCACAACUCGCUCCACUCGUCGCCGUACAUGGGCGGCCAACCCGUGCCGGUGACGACGUUCCCUCCGCAGACCUACUACCCGUACAGCGCCCUGACGGUGUCGGGUGGUCCCGUGACCGUGGGCAGCCUCGGACCGCCGCCCGGACAUGGCCCGAAGGUGUCGUCAAUGGGUGGAGUACAGAACAUGGGCGGAGGUGGCCCCGGCGGUGGCGGAGGAAUGAACGACGACCGGCAGCAAUCUUCGUCGUCGUCGGUCGCCAUGGAACCGAAGCCACUGCUUUCGGCCCAGUACGAGGCACUCAGCGACGAAGAUUAGAACAGGUCUUCCGGAUGGCCACCGCCCACGGCGGGGAGGAGCCACCGGAUCGUCAAAUGAUAGAACAGAAGGAACAGGACAAACGCAGUAUGAUUCUAUCUCAUGCAAAACUUGUAAUUUAUUAUAAAUAUUAAUUAUAACACUGAAAGUAUGAUAAUAAUACUACAAAAAUAUGCUGAAUAAUUAUCGAAAACAAGAUAAAAAAUGUAUUCAGAAAAAAAAUAAUUAAAAAAAGCUAGAAAACUUUAAAACUGAUAGAAAAAAGGCAAACCCAGCUAGAGAUAUACAACGAGAAUUAAUAUUAAACCAAACCAGAGAGAAGCAGUGGCGGAAGCAGAAAAGGGGUAAAGAUUAUCAAAACUACUACAUUAAAAGAAGGAGAAAAGGACAAGAAAAUACACACCAGAAAAAAAAACUACAAAACUAUCCUGUAAAAUCAUCAACACUGCAAAAAAAAAAGUAAUCUUAUUCAGAAGAGUCAGUAAGUGACGACAAAAAAUAAACAAAGAUUAAUGCGCUUAACCGUUCUCAGUAAACACAAGACAAAACAACAACCCCCGGCUAAUACAGAAGAAUAUAGAAAACAACAACAACAUUCACAAUCACACACACACCCAACCACUCACACACACUCUUGUAGCGGCAAUAGUAGCAAAAUUGUAACAAAAAAAGGAGAAAAAGUGUGACGCGCGUUGAACGACCAAGCGCGUGGGAAAUUCAACAGCAACAGAUCACAACUAAUAAUCGCAACAAAAAAAUAAGAGAGAUACAAAAAAAUGUUUUAAUGUGUUUAAAAAUGAUGCAAAUGUAAAAGUAACAAAACAAAACUGUCGGUAGUCAGCAGAGGGAGGGAAGAAUUGUACGAGCUUGUCGCGUGCGGCACAGCUUGCGAACAGAACGCGCAGUGAACAGAUAAAUAAACUCUUGAAAAUUGAAAAACCAAAAGCGAACAAACACACACACACACCGCGUCUUUGCCAACUAGCUCCGGGGGAGACGGGAGCGAACAACCAGCGAAUCCAGCAGGUAAGAGAAACAUUCUUUCCAUUUUGGGUUCGAUUGCGAUUUGAGUUCUUUUUGAACCUUGACUUUCACUUUGAUCCGGAAAACGCAUUUUUUUCCGCCGUCACAACUUUAAGGAGACGGUUCAGAUUUUUGUCGCGGAACAACACCUUACCAAGGCUUUACCCAUUGCUAGAAGGUUGCAAACUAGAAUGAAGCGAUAAGAAAAAAAGAAGAAAAAAAAGUCCAAACUAAACACAGAGAUUACCGCGCGCUGUAUAACAUUACACACAUGAGAGUAAGAAAAUUAAAAAGAUACAACAGAAAAAAAA